AUGCGCUUCUUUUUCUCUUCAUUUAUUCUCCUUUAUUUUCUUUUUUAUUUUGUAAUUGCCAAAGUAGAAGAAAAAAGGCCAAUAAAAGAAAAACAAAGUAAUUCUGUUAAUGAAGAUGAAAAUCAAAAAAUUGAAGAAAAAGAAGUUGAUUUAUCUAAUGGAUUCGGAACAGACAUUGAUUGGGUACAGUGGAACGAAGCUGUUUCUAUAGCUUUGGAUUUGAAUAAACCUAUAUUUUUGCUUAUACACAAAACUUGGUGUGGCGCUUGCCAAGGUAUGAUGGACAAUUAA